UGUAGCAUCUACCAGGGGGAACGAGUGGUACUCAAAUCAAUGCAUCACAGAAAACAUGUUUUGUCACCUCCCACGUUAACACCGUCCUUUUUCUUGUACCCAUGUUAUGUUAUGUUAUGUUAUGCACUGCAAAUGCAAAGCAAACCUCGUUCUUCUUUCUAUCUGUUAUAACUUUCAUCCCCACUUUGUUCAUCAAAAACUCUGAACACAACAAAGAGUCUCUAUUGCAUUUCCACAAGCAAUUUACCUCCAUUCCCAAACACACCCUUCUCCGCAAAACUCUCCCUUUCUCCAAAGCCACCGUCUUUCCCUGCGUUCAAUCGUUUAUCUUUCUCUGAACUCUGAAAAUUUUAUACCCUUAUGGAAAAGGAACCUCUGCUUCCAUAUUUCAGCCCCAGAAAGAAGCCCCUGGCAUUGUCACCGCUAUGUCCCUUGCCAGAGCACGAGGACAUGGUUCUUCCAAUGACCCCGAUGGAAUUCAAGGACCGCCUCAUCUUUGGUCCUGCUUGUGCUACCCCAAGGGACCCUACACCUUUGGCCGAUGCCUUAAUACUUCCCCUCAAUUCCCCAAAAUGUUCCUCUUCUACGUCGCAGGACUGUGCAUCGCCAUCACGGUUUGAUUCCCAGUCGCAACAACCAUCCUCUUGGCUCCUUGACCCCAAUUACUCCUGGCGGAAAACAAACCUUCAUCGCUCCAAAACCGCGCCUGCCAUGGCGGUGAUCAGCGAUUUCAACCCCCAAUCCUCUGUGCCAAGGCCGCAAUUUGGCAGCCAGAGUAUUGUGCGCCAGGGUGUGAUUCUUCUUGUUCUUUAUUUGGCAUUAGGGGUUGUCAUUUAUUGGUUCAAUCGUCAUAAUUUUUCAGCUUCCGAGACUCAUCCUGUAGUUGAUGCAUUGUAUUUUUGUAUAGUCACAAUGUGCACAAUAGGAUAUGGUGACAUCACUCCGAAUAGCACAGCCACUAAACUUUUCUCUAUAUUGUUUGUGUUGGUGGGGUUUGGAUUUAUAGACAUAUUGCUGAGUGGGAUGGUUAGCUAUGUGCUUGAUUUGCAGGAGAAUCAUAUGUUGACGGCAGUGAAGGGGAGGAGGGGUGAGAAGGAUGGAAAGUCUUAUAUAAUUGAUGUGAAGAAAGGGAGGAUGAGGAUUCGAUUGAAGGUGGCGCUGGCGUUGGGAGUUGUGGUGAUUUGUAUUGGGGUAGGUGUGGCGGUUAUGCAUUUUGUGGAGAAGCUUGGUUGGUUGGACUCUUUUUAUCUUUCAGUUAUGUCGGUUACUACGGUUGGGUAUGGAGACCAUGCUUUCAAGACCAUGCAUGGCAGGAUCUUUGCUGCAAUUUGGUUGCUCGUGUCUACUCUUGCCGUGGCUCGAGCGUUCCUCUAUUUGGCUGAGGCAAGAGUGGAUAAGCGGCACAGGAUGAUGGCGAAGUGGAUUCUUGGUCAGGAUAUGACUGUUUCUGAGUUUCUUGCAGCAGACAUAGACAACAAUGGCUUUGUGAGGCUUCUUCUGUUUGUGUUUUUCAUUCCGGUGGUCUCCUUCUCCAUCCUAGCUUUCAGCAUGCAUUUUAUCAGCGUGUUUCAGGAAUUUUUGACUACUGUGUGCUCCUUCUGUAAAUCAGAAUAUGUUAUAUACAAGCUCAAGGAGAUGGGAAAAGUAUCUGAGAAGGACGUCAUGCAGGUAAGUGAGAAGUUUGAUAGACUAGAUGCUGGCAACUGCGGAAAAAUAACCCUUGCUGAUCUUAUGGAGCCUCAUAAUUGAUGGAGCUCAGUGUGGAUAUUGAAGAGGCAAGUAGAGAAGGGAGUGUGAGAUUCUCAAGUUGAUGGGAACUAUAUCUUGUUUUGGGUGGUUUGGAGGGGAUAUCAGGUUUUCAAGAUGCAAGGUGGUGAUUUCCCCCUACCUUUUGUCAUGAUCAUUAACUCAUGACAUAUACCAUGGAAGCUGAUGAAUUUCUGGGUUCUUUUGCCUGAGUUUCACAAAUUAUUUAGUGGGUGGAAGGUGCUAACCUUGCCAAAAUUCGGGUAUAACCAAUCACAGAUUAUCACAUUGAUGAGAUGGCUUGGGAUAAUGGAAGGGAUUAUUUUGAUUGGUUUAAAGUAUUAAUCUGUACAUAAUUUUUUUGAGAAUGAAUUUCAUUGAUUCUUUGGCAUCUUAUUUGCUCUGGGUUAGUCAUCUCUUGAUUGAUUGCACAAUCUAUUUGGAACUUGGUGAGUUUCAUGUAUUAUUUUUGCCAAGAUGAUUCGAUUAGCUCGGUGUAAUAAAAUAUGUGUAAUAUUUAAGUUCUUUAUUACACAUACUUA